AUGGGUCAUCCGGACUGUGAAACACAAAUUGGAGCACACAGAGUCUUCUCUAUGGUGCUUAUGCCAUCUAUGUUUUCUCCUUGGUUAGACAACAAAACAAAAAUUGCUCAUAAGGCACAGAAUGACAGCUUCUUCACUCAGCAUGAAACUUUUUCUGGAGAUGUAAACUUGAAUGGGAAACUGGAAGAAGGAAAGACAAUAUCUAGUGUUAGUGGGAAGAAAUAUGCAAUUCAUCCAUAUGAUGGCUAUAGUUUUUCUCCCAGGCUAACUGAUGGAAAAAAUGAUCAAAGUUCUCUUAGGCUAAGCAGUCAUCAAAUUAGUCUUCUGCUUUCUUCAAUCUGGGUCCAGGCAACAUCUGUGGGAAAUGGCCCUGCAAAUUAUGAGGCCAUGGCACACACCUAUAACAUUGCUUUAUUAUUUACUCAUUCUAAGGCUUCGAGUCACAUGGGUUUAGUAAGAUGUUUUCAACUAGCAUUCUCCCUCAGGAGGAUCUCUUUGGACCAAGGAGGUUUACAACCAUCUCGUAGGAGGUCCCUUUUUACAUUGGGUUCAUACAUGCUUAUCUACUCUGCCAGGGCUGGCAAUGUCCCUGAUCUAAUUCCAAUUGUUAAAGCUUCACUGACAGAGGCAACAGUAGAUCCUUUUCUUGAAGUGGUUGAUGAUAUCCGACUGCAGGCUGUCUGUAGAGAUUCAGAAAAGAUAAUUUAUGGAUCUCAGGAAGAUGAGGUUUCUGCUGUGAAGUCUCUUUCAACUGUAGAAUUGGACGACAAACAGUUGAAAGAAACUGUAAUAUCGUAUAUUAUGACUAAAUUUUCAGAAUUGCCUGAGCGUGAGUUGUUGGCUCGAUUUGUGGCACAUGUACUGUUGUAUAAAUAUGCGGAGUUAACUAGAAUUGUUUCCCUUACUUACCAGGACGAGUUGUCUACCAUAAAGAAUCAACUUCUACAGGGUUUUUCCCCCGAUGAUGCAUAUUCAUUAGGACAUCCGUUAUUUAUGGACAGAUCAAGACCAUGUUCUCCUCUUCAACUGAUUGAACUCCCAAGUUUUGAUGAGAUAAUGAUUCCGGGUGAUUUGAUGGAGGAAGAGACUGGACCUGAGCAUAGUGGAAGUCAGUCAGAUUGCAAAACAUCACUGUCAACCAACUACCAAGAUGUUCUAAAUGUUAAUCAACUAUUGGAUUCGGUUUCGGAAACUGCAAGGCAAGUUGCAAGUUUCUCCACUUCCUCAACUCCUCUACCUUAUGACCAAAUGAAGGAUCAGUGCGAGGCACUUGUAGCAGGGAAACAACAGAAGAUGUCAGUCAUUCAAAGUUUCAAGCAUCAACAAGAGAGUAACGCCAUGAUUCUUUCAAGUGAAAAUGAAGUAAUAGUUUCCUCUCUACAUGCUAAGGCACUGGAAUAUUCAACGAGUGAUUUGAAGUUGGUGACUCAGCAGUCAUUUCAAACAUCGGAUCAAGCAUGCAAUUAUUCUCAUGACUAUGGACUGCAAAAUUCUUUGAGACUACCUCCUUUGAGCCCCUAUGAUAAAUUCUUGAAAGCUGCGGGAUGCUAA